AUGCCUCCCAAGAAAUUCCAGUCGCUUGACGACUUUAUGGGCGAUGGAACCCCCAACAAAAACCAAGUUGCAUCACCGUUCGGAGGCUACUACUCCAAGCCAGCUGCCAAGACUGGUGGCCAACAGGCACUGAACAAACCCUUGAACCAAAAAUCUUCGUACCAAGCUCAGAGAAACUUGAACGACAGUACCCAGCAAGGCCAGAAGCAGCAAAAUAACUACCAGAACUACCAAUCUCCGGUUUACUCUGGAGCCUCAACGCCUGCAACCAGCGCUACACCCACCCCAAAUGCUUCGACUACGUCUCUGACGUCUUUGGCCACCUCGUUGACCAACUUAGGAUUGACUCCCAUCUCAAGUAUUCUCUCAGCUCUUCCUCAAUGUGCGUCUCUGGCAGACUGCAGACAACAAAUUCAACUCGCAGUGGAUGAGUUUAACAAGGAAGGCCGCUCUGCAGAGGAAAUAGCGAAAUGGGACGUAACCAGCAUUAUCUCCAAGCUCACUAAGCCCAAGAAUGCGCCGCUAGUGCAAGAGUCUGGUAUGCUAUUUAUCUCUCAACUGGCUUCGAACUUUGCUGGCAAGUCUCCACAAGAAACAUUCUUAUUACCAUUGCUACCUUCUGCUUUAGACACUAUCGCAAGCAAGGAAAACUCGGUUAGACGUGCUGCUCAACAUGCCAUCGAUUCGAUUUUCGGUCUGUUUCCCAUCGAAGCUCAAACUUGUGUUGUGCUGCCCACACUACUAGAAUACCUAAAAUCCGGUAUCAAGUGGCAAUGCAAAUCAGCGGCUCUUAAAUUGGUUGACCGUGUUAGAGAAGAAUCUCCCAACGAUCUGCUGGAACUCACUUUCAAAGACGCUGUUCCAGUACUAACCGACGUGGCCACAGAUUUCAAACCAGAACUAGCUAAGCAGGGUCAUAAGACUUUGUUGGAAUAUGUGUCGAUUUUGGAUAAUUUAGAUCUUUCGCCACGUUUCGAACUCAUUGUCGACACAUUGCAAGAUCCAACCAAGGUUCCAAACUCGGUCAAGUCGCUUUCGAGCGUUACCUUUGUUGCUGAAGUUACUGAGCCUGCAUUGAGUAUUUUAGUCCCCAUUUUGAGUAGAUCUCUGAAUCUCUCAUCUUCAUCGCAGGAGCAAUUGAGACAAACUGUUAUUGUUAUCGAGAAUUUGACAAGGUUAGUCAACAACCGUUCCGAAAUUCAGCAUUUCAUUCCUCAGCUAAUGCCAGGAGUUGAGAAAGUUGUAAACACCGCGUCUUUACCUGAAGUUCGUGAACUAGCCGAGAAAGCUUUGAAAGUGUUGAAAGAUGACUCAGAAGAUGAUGGAAAGUUCCCAGGUAAAAUAACGUAUGAACAUGGUCUGCAAUUUUUGAGUGAAAGAUUACAUUUCCUGACUGGGGCUAGUGCCACUCACCUGAUUGAAAACAAAAAUAAGGAGCCUGUGGUUUACCUCUCUAAAAUCUUGACUGCGGAUGCCAAUGUUAACGAUUGGAAAAGACUUUCGGAGUUCCUCGUUCUAGUUUUCGGUGAAGACAAUGCUGAGAAUAUCAAUACUCAUUUCAUCCAUGACUUGAGACAGAUUUUCCAUCAAGAAAAGACUGCUUACGACGAGAAUGAAGGAAUUGAAAUCGUUAACACGGAUUUCUCUCUAGCUUACGGCUCAAGAAUGUUGUUGAACAAAACCACCUUGCGGUUGUUGAAGGGUCACCGUUACGGUCUGUGCGGAAGAAAUGGUGCUGGUAAAUCUACUCUAAUGAGAUCGAUUGCUAACGGUCAACUUGAAGGGUUCCCUGAUAAAGAUACUUUGAGAACUUGUUUUGUCGAGCAUAAGCUACAAGGAGAAGAGGGUGAUUUGGACCUUGCCUCUUUCAUCGCCAAAGAUCCUGUCUUGCAAGAUGUAUCUCGCGAUGAAAUCUCUAAUGCUUUGGAAACUGUUGGUUUUGAUGACGAGAGAAGGGCGCAGACUGUUGGGUCACUUUCGGGCGGUUGGAAAAUGAAAUUGGAGUUGGCAAGAGCUAUGUUGCAGAAAGCUGACGUUCUUUUAUUGGAUGAACCUACCAAUCAUUUGGAUGUUGCAAACGUUAAAUGGUUGCAAGAUUAUUUGCUAGAGCAUACUGAGAUCACAUCGUUAAUUGUGUCGCACGACUCUGGGUUCCUUGAUGCUGUGUGCACCGAUAUUAUUCAUUACGAAAACAAAAAAUUGGCUUACUAUAAAGGUAAUUUGGCCGACUUUGUCGAUCAAAAACCAGAAGCUAAAGCGUACUAUACUCUUACUGAUUCGAAUGCUCAGAUGCGUUUCCCGCCACCAGGUAUUUUAACUGGUGUAAAAUCCAAUACCAGAGCUGUAGCAAAGAUGACAGGUGUUACCUUCGGAUAUCCUGGUGCCGCAAAGCCUUCCUUGACCGGUACUUCAUGUGCUUUGUCGUUGAGCUCGAGAGUAGCCGUUUUGGGCCCUAACGGUGCUGGUAAAUCUACACUUAUCAAGAUUCUAACUGGCGAACUUGUUCCUCAAGAGGGUAAGGUCGAAAAGCAUCCCAACCUUCGUAUCGGGUACAUUGCCCAACAUGCCUUGCAACAUGUCAACAUGCAUAAGGAGAAGACUGCUAAUCAAUAUCUACAAUGGCGUUAUCAGUUUGGUGAUGAUAGAGAGGUUUUGUUGAAGGAAUCGAGAAAAAUUUCUGAACAAGAGAAAGAUAUGAUGGAAAAAGAAAUUGAUGUUGGCGAUGGAAGAGGUAUGCGUACUAUUGAAGCCAUUGUCGGUAGAUCGAAAUUGAGAAAGUCCUUCCAAUACGAGGUCAAAUGGAAGUUUUGGUUGCCAAAGUAUAAUUCUUGGGUUCCUAAGGAGCUUUUGUUGGAGAAUGGAUUUGACAAGUUGGUUCAAAAAUUUGAUGAUCAUGAAGCUUCCAGAGAAGGUUUAGGUUAUCGUGAAUUGACUCCUGCUGUCAUCACAAAGCACUUUGAGGAUGUGGGUCUGGAUGCUGAGAUCGCCAAUCACACGCCUCUCGGUUCGCUCUCGGGAGGUCAAUUGGUUAAGGUUGUUAUUGCUGGUGCUAUGUGGAACAAUCCGCAUUUGCUAGUCCUGGAUGAACCUACCAAUUAUUUAGACAGAGACUCCCUGGGUGCGUUGGCUGUUGCUAUUCGUGACUGGACUGGUGGUGUUGUGAUGAUUUCGCAUAACAACGAAUUUGUGGGUGCCUUAUGCCCUGAACAAUGGAUUGUUGAAAACGGUAAGAUGGUUCAAAAGGGUGUAAACGCAAUUGACCAGACUCGUUUUGAAGAUGGCGGUAACGCCAAUGCCACAGGCUUGAGUGUUAAAGCAUCACCAUCUGUAGUAGACGACGAUUCGCCUGCUAACAUCAAGGUGAAGCAAAGAGUGAAAAGAUUGACCAGAAACGAGAAGAAAAUCCAAGUUGAAAGACGUCGUUUGCGUUACAUUGAAUGGUUGAACUCUCCUAAGGGCACCCCAAAACCUGUCGAUACAGAUGAUGAAGAAGAUUAA